ACGCGUCUCUCUCGGCGAGGGUUGGGGCCCAUCUUAACCAACUCCCUUCAAACGACCCUCCGACGACAACCCGGCAACCUGAUCGUUCUAUCGCACCAGCUUCCGAAGCCUGCUGACGCCACUUCAUUCUCCAAAUCCGACCUUUCGCGCACGACACACGAACCAACGAUAUAACCAACUUCAACUUAACCCCCCCUCCGAAAUCUCAUCAAAAUGGCCGAACCCAUGUCCACCCCGCGCAUCACGGCCCAGUACCUCGACAGCUACGUCGGCCGCAACGUCAUGCUUGUCGGCAAGGUCCUGCAGCUGCGCGGAGACUCUGCCGUCCUUGAUGCCGACGGCAACGUUACGGCCAUCCUCAACCGCGAUGUUCACCUCACCAAUGGCAACGCUGCCCAGAUCAUCGGCAAAGUCAACCCCGAUCUGUCCAUCAAGGUGCUUAGCUCCCGUGAUCUGGGACCUGAUACUUCCAACUCGCCGCCGCCGUCGUCGAGGCGACACACCAUCACAAGUCUCUCUUCGUCUUCGACAACUGACCGUCCCAGUGGUUGUGACGCGCGAAAGGGAGGAACAACGGGCUCCCCAUCCCCGCGCCACACCUUGAGCAUCUGUAGUCCGGCUGGUAGCGACGACAACCGCGGCAAACGCCACUUCCCGGCCGGAGCCAUCACCAACAACCCUCGCAGUGCGUCCCGCCCAAGCAAACCCCACCCUCUCCCCGCCUGUCGCAUCCAUCGUCGCACCCUCCUCAGUAGAGCAAUCUUAGCCAGCAAAGAUCACAUAUCACCCAGAACCGCAAAACAAGUCAUCCGAGCCGCACCUCUCGCACUCAGCAAUCCUAUCCCACUAGAUCGACGGGUUUUACUGGGCAACUCGCCUUAUCCAUGCGCACCAGCGACUCGCAGCCCAACGACACCAAGAAAGCCGCGAACAGGCUCGGGGACACGCGUGAGGGAAGAGAUGGCAGCCAUCACCAGCAAAGACCAAGACCACGGGGGCCAGAGGUACAAAUCGAGGGUGUUGUCGACAAUUCGGAACUGCUGGGCGCCACCUUGGACGGCAUCGGACGUGUGGCCAUGGGCACAGUGGGUAUGCGAACAGAUGAGGCUGAGAGGUGGAGGCUCAGCCGUGGUUUCGGGGGCGAUAUCACUUAGGGGUCCUCGAACACGCGCUACCUUUGCCACAAGACAAGAGGACCGAUCCAUAUCCGCUUCUUUUUGCCGUUUCAUGGGUAUCGAUGACAGCUUGAUGGAAAAGCUCUGCAAACCAAGUUUUUAGUGAUAUGUGUGUUCAAGUCCAUAUUGACAGACU